UCGUAGUUGCGGCCGCCGCCGCCGCUCCCUCCUUGCUCCCCGGGUCUCUCCUUCCUCAAGAUGCGCCGAUCCGUUACCGGCGGCGCCUCUUGGCUCACCCUUACCUCGCCGCCUUUUUCUGCCGGUUACACAAGGCUAGGGCAGGAGGAGGAAGCGGCCGGUUUAGGCCUUCUCCCGCCUUCUCUCUAUUUUCUCGUUCGGGUGCUUCGCUCUGGCUUCUCACCUGCUACCGGUAUCGGUUCAGAAAUAAUGGCAGCGCCAGGAAGUCAUUUCUUAUUGAGGGGAGGAGAGAAGACGGUGGCCCUUUGCACCACAAGUUGUGACCUGGUGGGAUGGAGGCGGGUUGACAAGAGAGAGGGUCUUCCUGCAGGAAAGGCGCUUUGCUCAGGCAGUCAUACGCUUACUUGCUUUGGAAUCUGGUGUCCUUUAACUCAGCAGGACUUCUGAAUAAUCAUGCCCAGGAUGGGGCGGCAAAUAUGUGCAAAACUUGUCACCCUUCCAUUCUAUACGAUGCACCAUGGAGUUCUUCAUGCCCAGUUAACACCCAACCCCUGUCUGUUUUGUUUUGCUUAAUAUCUAAUUUUAUUAUUUAUUUAUUUAGAAUAUUUAUAUACCGCUCCCCAUAUCUAAUGUAACAGAUAGUAUGGCAGAAACAUGGGGUGUUUAUGGAUGAGGCUUUUUAAAAUUAUUAUUAUUAUUAUUAUUAUUGCAGUCUGUCUACCUCAUUCACAUAAUGUUAUGGGUGUCCAGGGGUGCUUCCAGAUGUGGUUUUUAUAACACCAUCACCUCGCCACAUUCAGAGAAGUUUUCAGGGGUCCAGAUGUCAUCUUCUACUUGUAACCUUUUGUGUUUUAUCGCUUCUAUCUUUGUCCUUAAGAGAGAAAAUUUGUUAAGGUGAACAUAACAGGAUACCUGUGCAAUGCCUUCUAAUGGCAAAUGCAGCUUAGUGUAAGCAAGUUCAAAGUGAUGUACGUUGGGGAAGAAAAGCCCCAACUUCAGGAGCUGCACACCAGGUCGACGUUUUCAUUGAGCAGUCCAUCACAACCCCAAGAUCUCCUUCUUGAUCAGUCAGUGCUAGCUCAGAAAAGGGCAACUAAAAUGAUCAAGGGGCUGGAGCAGGAAAGGUUACGUUUGGGACUGUUUAGCUUAGACAAGAUGUUUGAAAGUAGAGAGUCCAGUCAACAUCGUUGGUUGUAAAUGUGAUGGAAGACAGCAAGAGUGAAGAGAUGAUAGAUAUUAUUCACCUUAAUGUUGGAGGUUGUACAUAUACUGCUAGGCGUGAAUCUUUAUGCCGUUUUAAGGAAUCAAUGUUAGCAUCUAUGUUCAGUGGACGAUUUCCUCUAAAAAUGGAUAACUCAGGGGCAUGCCUUAUUGAUCGAGAUGGCAACCUCUUUAAGUACCUCUUAGAUUAUCUUCAUGGAGAAGUUCGGCUUCCAGAAGACAAACAAACACGAAUUGCACUGCAGGAAGAAGCUGAUUAUUUUGGCAUUCCUUACCCUUACAAUCUUGCUGAUCACUUGGCUAAUGAAAUGGAGACUUAUUCUUUAAGAUUUAAUAUAGAACUUAAAAAGGCACUCAUUGGUUUUUGUGACUCUUAUGGCUUAAUAUGCACUAAGCCUACAGUUUGGGUCUUACACUAUCUCAGCAGUUCUGGUGCAAGUUGUGAGAGUAGAAUAAUUGGCGUGUAUGCCACAAAAGCAGAUGGAACAACUUCAAUUGAAAAGGAAUUGGGAGGAAGAAUUCAUAGUAAAAAUAUUUACAAGAGAGAGGCUGGAAACAAUGUCCAAUACAUCUGGAGUUAUUAUUCCGUUACCGAAUUGAAAAAGUUGAUGGAUGCCUUUGAGUCAUGGGAAGGGAGAGGUGUCAGUUAUUGGCGAGUACCACAGGAACUGAUAGAAUGUUGGACUCUUGAGGAACGUCCUUUGAAAGGAACUGUGGAAAACAUGUCUCCAGUUUGUAAAAGGCGAAUAAUAGACCUUUCUGAAGAGGAAGAAAGUCAACUGAGCAGUAGAUCAAGUCGAAAACCAAUUGAAUUUUCUGGUCCCUCAACAAGUACUCACAUCAAAGUUAAAAAUUCUGCUUCUUUAAAAAUAGCAGUAAGUCCUAUGUCUUCCCAUUCCCAGAUUACUCUUAAGCGACCUUGUGGAGACAGGUGUUUCCCAUGCAAAGAAGUUUCGAAAACUCUCUCUGAAGAGUCCACACCAUUGACUAAAAGCUCUCGAGCAUCUCUUAGGAGCACUGAAAAUGGAGUAGUCUGUCGAAUGACCCUGAAGGCCCCAUUGUCCAAGAAAUCUGCAACCAAUCGUGUCGUAAAACUCAAGCGGACUCCACUCUAUAAUGAAUUACUAACUCAGCACCCUUCAUUGGUACUAAGCAAGAUAGCUGAGCAGCAGGAUCCACUGGCUGCAGUUGCCUCCACAUCUACAUCCCAGAAGUUAAGCAAGGAGGAAUUUGGGCUCUCAGUGGAAAGUGUCGGUGUUGAAAAUCAUUUGCAAAAUAGCCCAGUUGAAGGAUGAAGCAUGAUAUUUAUAUAUUGACGGAGGUAUUGCUCACUAUCUUCCAAAGGCAGAACUUCUGACCUUCUAAAAUAAGACAAAUAGAAGUGUCAUGUUACAGAGGGAAAAUUGGGAAAGGGAAAAUUGGGGAAGUUAUUUAACCUUUUUAUUAAUAAGCUGUAUGAAAAGUAUGCUUUUCCCACAACAUGCGGGAUACACGGAUACAUGGAAGUUUUUUUUUUAAUGGUUAUAGUUUGGUCACUUAUUACAUAUAUAGAUCAAACGUGGGAUGGUAGUCAUUUUAGAACAGAGUUUAUGCCAGGAUCUGUGUGCUCUGUGCUUUAAAAAAGAAGUCCAAAUUUUGUCAUUGAUAUAAUUUGUGUAUAAUUUACUCUGCAAUUAUUUUUGUGUAAUUUAUUCUUCAACUAAUUGUGGACAGCAGUAAGGGGCUAUAGAAGGCAGUGAAUCCUCUUCCCUCUGAGCGCUUGAAUACUUACUCAGUGUUUCUGACGACUCAGUUUUCAACAGGCAUUGUCCACAUAUUUUCAAGCAUAUCUUUGUGUAUUCUAGAGUUCAAAAGCUGCUUUAAAAAAAAAAA